UCAAGCUAGCAAGAUGACUAAGCUAGUUGGAGGAGUCCACGUCCAUCAAAACUUCUCGGCUAAACUUUGUCUUUUUUUUUGAAGAGCAUCAUAGCUACUCAAACAAUGUUCACGGCGGCGUUUACCCUUUUAGCGGGGCUGCUGGCUGCUCUGCUCUAUCAGAAAAUGUUUUAUCCUUUCCUGUGGGCGGAUUUGGGAUAUUACUUCAAACUCCGGAUGUACAGAAAGUCUCUGCUGGCUCGCACGCAGCGAGGAAUAAUCACGUAUUUGGACUCUUUUCUUCUACAAGUCAGGACGAAACCGGACAAAACUUUCAUUAUCCACGAAGACCAGAGGUUGACGUACCGAGACGUGGACAGGAGAAGUAACCAGUUCGCCGACGUGUUCGGGCGGAACUGUUUGAAAGGAGGAGACAUUGUUGCUGUGUUGAUGGCCAACGAGCCGGAUUUUAUUCACGUGUGGUUUGGACUUUGUAAACUCGGCUGUCAAGUCGCCUUUCUCAACACCAACAUUAAAUCGAAAUCUCUGCUGCACUGCAUCAGGAGUUGCGAAGCCAAGGCGCUUGUCGUAGGCACAGGUCUGGUUCAUUUGGUGGAAGAUGUGCUUCCUGACCUCAAGGAGGACAAUACGAUUGUGUUUUUGGCACAUGAGUCGGCACCUUCAGAGGGUUUCGUCAGUUUACUGGACAAGAUGGAAAACAGCUCAUCAGAAAACCAAAAUGGGCUACCCAAAGUUGAUAUUAUGUCCAACUUCCUCUUCAUAUUUACUUCAGGCACAACAGGUCUCCCAAAGGCAGCCCGUGUGAGUCAUCUUAAAGCCAUCAUGAGUAUGGCAUUUUUUCACAUGUGCGGGGUUACAUCUGAUGACAUCAUCUACAUCACCCUUCCUCUUUACCACAUGUCUGCUUCCCUGUUAGGGAUUGGAGGAGCAAUACAGCUCGGUGCAACUUGCGUCUUAAAGAAGAAGUUUUCAGCCAGUCAGUUUUGGAAGGAUUGUGUGAAAUAUAAUGUGACUGUGGUGCAAUACAUUGGAGAGCUCUGUCGAUAUUUGGUUUCCCACCCAAGGGUUCCAGAGGAGAGUAGUCACUCUGUUCGGCUUGCAACAGGAAGCGGGCUGCGGUCAGAUGUGUGGAAGGAGUUUGCCAAACGCUUUGGGAGGAUCAAGAUCAGAGAAGGCUAUGGUUUAACUGAGGCCAGCAUUGGCUUCCUUAACUACACUGAUGAAGUUGGACCCAUUGGAAGAGCAAGCGCCUUCAACAAGCUUUCAAUGCCAUUUGAACUCUUGAGAUAUGACACGCAAACUUAUGAGCCCCUCAGAACGAACUCUGGAAGAUGUGUACGAGCACAAAAAGGUGAGGCUGGUAUCCUGGUAGCUCCUUUAACACCUAUGAACCAGUUCCCGGGAUACGCUGGAAAUAAGGUCCAGUCUGAGAAGAAGUUGGUCAAGGAUGUUUUCAGGACGGGUGAUGUCUAUUUCAACACCGGAGAUCUCCUGCUUCAGGAUCAAAGAGACUUUCUUUACUUCCGUGACCGCGUCGGAGAUACUUUCAGGUGGAAAGGAGAGAAUGUAUCCACCAUGGAAGUUUCAGAGGUUUUAUGUCUUCUUGACUUUGUUCAGGAUGCCAGUGUUUAUGGGGUCACCAUAUCAGGAUAUGAAGGCCGAGCAGGCAUGGCUGCUAUUGUUUUAAAAGCCGACCACAGACUGAACGGUGCAGAACUCUACAAGCACUUGGUUGAAGCACUUCCUUCGUAUGCCUGGCCAUGGUUUGUCAGAAUACGGCCCUCUCUGGAUGUGACGGACACUUUUAAGCAGCAGAAGGGCAAACUAGUCCAGGAAGGCUUCAACCCAGAUGUCAUAAUGGAUCCUCUGUUUUUCUUGGAUAUCACUCAGAAGGACUAUAUUCUCCUCAGUGGAUCCCUGUAUGAGGAUAUUGUGCUGGGAAAAAUCAAACUAUAAUAUAACGAGUAAUAAGGUCUUCAUUAGAGUCUAAGCAUUAAAAUAGAUUAUACAAAACCCAAAACCAGUGAAGUUGGCACAUUGUGUAAUUGGUAAAUAAAAACAGAAUACAAUGAUUUGCAAAUCCUUUUCAACUUAUAUUCAAUUGAAUAUACUGCAAAGACAAGAUAUUUAAUGUUGGAAAUGAGAAACUGAUUUUUUUAUGUUGCCAAUAAUCAAUAACUUAUAAUUCAAUGGCAGGAACACAUUGCAAAAAAGUUGGCACGGGCAUUUUUACCACUGUGUUACAUGGCCUUUCCUUUUAACAACACUCAGUAAAGGUUAGGAAAUUAAGGAGACCAAUUUUGAAACUUUUGAGGUGGAAUUAUUUCCCAUUCUUGCUUGAUGUACAGAUUAAUUUGUUCAACAGUCCAGGGUCGCCAUUGUUAUAUUUUAGGCUUCAAAUUGCACCACACAUUUUCAGAAGACAGGUCUGGACUACAGGCAGGCCAGUCUAGCACCUGCACUCUUUUUCUAUGAAGCCAGGCUGUUGUAAAACGUGGCUUGGCAUUGUCUUGCUGAAAUAAGCAGGGGCGUCCAUGACAAUGUUGCUUGGAAGGCAACAUAUGCUGCUCCAAAACCAGUAUAUACCUUUCAGCAUUAAUGGAGCCUUCACAGAUGUGUAAGUUACCCAUGCCUUGGGCACUAACACACCCUCAUACCAUCACAGAUGCUGGCUUUUGAACUUAGCACCUAUAACAAUCCGGAUGGUUCUUUUCGUCUUUGUUCUGGAGGACAUUACAACCACAUUUUCCAAAUACAAUUUGAAAUGUGGACUCGUCAGACCAUAGAAAACUUUUCCACUUUGCAUCAGUCCAUCUUAAAUGAGCUCGGGCCCAGCGAAGCCAACGGCGUUUCUGGGUAUUGUUGAUAAAUGGCUUCGGUUUUGCAUAGUAGAGUUUUAACUGGCACUUACAGAUGUAGCGACAAACUGGAGUUACUGACAGUGGUUUUCUGAAGUGUUGCUGAGCCCAUGUGGUGAUAUCCUUUAGACACUGAUGUCACUUUUUGAUGCAGUACCAUCUGAGGGAUAAAAUCAUUGUAUUCUGUUUUUAUUUAUGAUUUACACAACAUGCCAACUUCACUGGUUUUGGGGUUUGUAUAGUUUGUAUUUUGUAUAUGGUUGGAAUAAUUUCAGUUCCUUGUAAGCAUAUAAAAUCAUUAAAACCAUCGUCUGCAAUGGACAUUUGUUGUUCAUUGAAUUUUUUUUUAUCAGCGUUAAACAUCACACACUAAAAAUAGUGUUGUGAUGCAAAACACAAAUGUCCACUGCAGGGAACGCUGGUUCUGAGGCGUACAGUCGUGGUCAAAAUUUUACAUACAAUUGUAAAGAACAUAAUGUCAUGGCUGUCUUGAGUUUACAAUCAUUUCUACCACUCUUAUUUUUAUUUUUUGUGAUAGAGUGAUUAGAGCACAUACUUGUUGGUCACAAAAAAGCUUCUUGUAUAAAUGUAUUAUUGGUCUACUGAAAAUGUGACCAAAUCUGCUGGGUCAAAAGUAUAAAUACAACAAUGUUAAUAUUUGGUUACAUGCCCCUUGGUAAGUUUCACCGCAAUAAGGCACGUUUGGUAGCCAUCCACAAGCUACUGUUUGAAUUUUUGACCACUCUUCUUGACAAAAUUGGUGCAGUUCAGCUAAAUCUGUUGGUUUUCUGACAUGGACUUGUUUCUUCAGCAUUGUCCACAUGUUUAAGUCAGGACUUUGGGAAGGCCAUUGUAAAACCUUCAUUCUAGCCUGAUUUAGCAAGUUCUUUUACCACUUUUGAAGUGUGUUUAGGGUCAUUGUUCUGUUGGAACACCCAACUGUGCCUGUGGCCCAACCUCCGGGCUGAGGAUUUUAAGUUGUCCUGAAGAAUUUGGAGGUCAUCCUCCUUUUUCAUUGUCCCAUUUACUCUUUGUAAAGCACCAAUUCCAUUGGCAGCAAAACAUAAUACUACCACCACCAUGCUUGAAGGUAGGUUUGGUGUUCCUGGGAUUAAAGGCCUUACCUUUUCUCCUCCAAACAUAUUGCUGGGUAUUGUGGCAAAACAGCUCAAUUUAUGUUUCAUCUGACCACAGAACUUUCCUCUAGAAAGUCUUAUCUUUGUCCAAGGGAUGUCAGAUUAAAUAAAAAUUGAGCUGUUUGGCUACAAUACAUUGCUGUAUGUAUACUUUUGACCCAGCAGAUUUGGUCAAAUUUUCAGUAGACCCAUAAUAAAUUCAUAAAAGAACCAGACUUCAUGAAUGUUUUGUGACCAAGGAGCUCUAUCACAAAAAAAAAAGAGUUGUAGAAAUGAUUUGAAACUCAAGACUUGCAGGACAUUAUGUUCUUUACAAGUGUAUGUAAACAUUUGACCACGACUGUAUAUAAAACAUAGAGACCAAUCUUAACAAAACAGCAACAAAAUACUGUACCUUAAGCAAUAGGUACAGUAUAGGUAAUACAUACAGAUGUAAAGACUUAGUUUUUAUUCAUAAUGUUUUAAGUAAUUAUAUUGUUGGAUUCUCUAAUGGAGUAAUGUCAGUAUUGUGUGUGAUACAUUAUGUUAAACUGGACUUGGGUCCACCUGUGUCAAUGACAAACGUCAUUCACGUCCAGAGUUAAACUUAGUUUUUAAUGCCGACAAAACUAUGCCCAUGUUGUUUUCAAACUGUAAGAAGGUGAAAGGACUCCCUUAUAGUGUUUUAUUAAUAUAAAUACCUUGGCCACCUUAAUUCCAUAUGUGGCUUGACUUUUAAACCACGUAUAGAAAAACUUGUAAAGAAACUAAAUCUUACAUUGUUUUUUCUUUGUUUUUGUUUUAAUAAUAAGUUGUUUUUCUUUAGAAGCAAAGAAGUGUGUUGUCUCUGCAACUUUUUUAUAAAUCUUUUUUACAUCGCAAUGUCUUCGAAACGUUGGACAUAGUUUAUCCUGCUUCUGUAAGGUUCACAUCCCUGUGACUUGUACUCACGACUAAAAGGCAGGCAGAUUGGCACAAUUGUAUUUAUUAGAGAUGUCCGAUAAUGGCUUUUUUGCCGAUAUUCCGAUAUUGUCCAACUCUUAAUUACCGAUUCCGAUAUCAACCGAUACCGAUAUACACAGUCGUGGAAUUAACACAUUAUUAUGCCUAAUUUUGUUGUGAUGCCCCGCUGGAUGCAUUAAACAAUGUAACGAGGUUUUCCAAAAUAAAUCAACUCAAGUUAUGGCAAAAAAUGCCAACAUGGCACUGCCAUAUUUAUUAUUGAAGUCACAAAGUGCAUUAUUUUUUUUUAACAUGCCUCAAAACAGCAGCUUGGAAUUUGGGACGUGCUCUCCCUGAGAGAGCGUAAGGAAGUUGAGGUGGGCGGGGUUUGGGGGGGUGUAUAUUGUAGCGUCCCGGAAGAGUUAGCGCUGCAAGGGGUUCUGGGUAUUUGUUCUGUUGUGUUACGGUGCGGAUGUUCUCCCAAAAUGUGUUUGUCAUUCUUGUUUGGUGUAGGUUCACAGUUGUUCUGUUGUGUUACGGUGCGGAUGUUCUCCCAAAAUGUGUUUGUCAUUCUUGUUUGGUGUGGGUUCACAGUGUGGUGCAUAUUUGUAACAAUGUUAAAGUUGUUUAUACGGCCACCCUCAGUGUGACCCGUAUGGCUGUUGACCAAGUAUGCUUUGCAUUCACUUGUGUGUCUGAAAAGCCGUAGAUAUUAUUUGACUAGGCCGGCAAGAAAAAGGCAGCGCCUUUAAGGUUUAUUGGCGCUCUGUACUACUUCUCACGUCCGUGUACACAUCGGAAUUUUAAAAAGUUGUAAAUUUUGCUUUUUGAAACCGAUACCGAUAAUUACGUUUUAAAGCCUUUAUCGGCCGAUAAUAUCAGACAUCUCUACUAUUUAUUAUUGUAGUAUUCAAAGGAGCUGCUUGGAAUUCUGCCUCCCUACAUGAAUAUUUGAAUCACACAGAGAACCGUCGACUCGUGCUCGCUGCGAUCAAACAAUUAGUUCUUGCUCUCUGUGUCUUACUUUCAAACAGAGCUGAGCGAUGUAAGCUUCUGUUCACUCAGCUCCUUUUGCUUGAAACAUGCUGCAAAAAGACUGGAAAUUGACUUGAGUUUGUAUCCUUAAUGCAUUUAAAUACAAAUUGAGGUCAUUGCUGCCUCAAAAUUCUGCACUUUUUUUUUUUAUUAUUAUGUGCUUCCUCUUGUAACUUUGUUGUUGUAACGUUUAAUCUCAAAGGGAUUUUCCUUUUUGAAUUAGCAUUAAACAUUCCAGAUGGUUAAUAAUAAAUAGUUGAGUGUUUUUCAUAUUUA